AUGUCGGACUUUCCUUCAUUGAACGUACCUCCAGAGACGCCUCGAGGUCGAAGUUACAAUAUCAAUAAUGCUAACCAUAGUGUGAAUAGGCUUGCUACUCCCUCGUUUUCCUUUGGUCUCAGCUUUUCGCCUGCUUUCAAUUUCAAUUCACCUUCUACUUUUUCACCGAGAAGGUUUCUUCAGUUACCCUCAAAUCAAAAAGCUAGCACUACAAAAUUGUCAACGUCACUUGCGCCAUCUAGAGAUCAUAAUCAGUUUUUUGAGUCCCUAACCAGCGCGUCUUCAAAGUCAAAGUCGAGUAAUAACAGCCACAGUGACGAUACUAUUGAAACUAGUGAAAAUAAAAACAGUCACGAGGCAAACAAAGAUGAAAAUAAUGAUGAUGAUGAUGAAGAAGAAGAAGAUGUUUGGUCAUCCUUGAACAACACCACCCUGCAAAAUGAAACCAAUUUGACGUCUAUUUGUGACAAUGAUAAGGAGAAAAUUCAACUUAAUGUGAAGAAAGAAAAAUUUGACGAGUUUUUGACCCCCAAUAAGCUCUUCUCAUUGAACUCAAAAAUAAAAAAGUCUCCCCAGAAGCUUGCUACUGCAGCAGAAAUUUCGCCAAAACUCGUCCAUUCUGGAGAGCCUUGUGAUGAAGCUCCUAGCAACAGCAACAACAGCAACAGCAACAACAAAAACAACAAAAGGAAAUUCUCUAGUAUAACUGACACACCAAAUAAUGCUGUUGCGUCAAAAAUUAGCAAGAGUAUGGAUUCGCCUGUUACUUUUAGAGAACCAAGUAUUGCAAUUUCUGAUUCUGCUUCCUCUUCAAUGGCCAAUGAAGAUAAAGUGUGGAACCAGGAAUUGGACGAAGUGUUGAUAAAGGCACUCUAUAAAUACAAAAAAUUUAGAGACGAUAUGGAUUCCGAUCAAGCCUCAGUAUUGAAGAAAACGUCACAAAACAAGGUAAUAUCAAGAAUGAUAUUUAACAAAACAGGAAUACUUAGAUCAGCAAAACAAAUAUCGUCUCGUAUUUUUCGAUUAAGUAAAACAGGGAAAUUGAUAAAGGACGGCAAAACACUAAAGAGCGCGAGAUCGUUGAGUGAAGCUGGUGAUACCCCCACCACCGCCAUACUUACACCACUGGUGGAGAGCAACUUCUAUAUAACAGCUACUGAAUCUCAACGUCGAAAUGCCCUAAUUGAUGAAGAGUUGGAUGUCUUAUUGUCCUCGCCGCCAUUGGAGGACAUCUUUGAAGAACGUGUUACUUACAGGCUAGAAUUGUCCAAGUUCAAAAUACUGUACGAAACACAAGGUAACGUAACUAUUUUCACCGAGUUUAAGCCAAACAAGGAUAUUGAAAAAAGAAAUAGUUAUCUAGAAAAACAUGACAGUCCAGUACUCGACGACUUUGUUAUCGAAAAUGACAUUCCCUUUUGGACACUUCAUCAUGAUUUAAACUUGCGUAGCAAUCAAAUAAUCACUUCAACACCAAUGUCUCCAAUUUCCCCAGCUAUGCCGGCACAGAGAUUCAAUUUUUCUCAGGGACAAUUUGAGUCGAUUAUGGCAAUUGAUGUUUGUUGCGAGGAAAAUCAUUCUCGUCCGAUGCUCAAUUGGUGUAGCUCAAUUGUAGUUUACAAGAACGACGAAAAAUUAUUCAGCCUUGUGGAUCUCAUUAAUGGAUACUCCAAAAAAGGGGAUUCAAACUCUUAUCACUUGCAAAUCCCAUUCAUCAAAUCAUUCUUUGCUGGGUUCUUCAACUAUCUUUUAAAUGGUUCUGCUAUUACCCCCCAGGAUAACCUCAAAAUUAUACAAAUUAUUUACAACAACAGUGAAGCUGGUAACACCACUUUAGAUUUGAAAGAAUCGCAUAUUCACGCCUAUUUGAUUCACAAGUUUGAUGUAAUGGGGACACAUGGAAUAACAACUGUAACAAUGAAUAAACGCAUGUUAAAAAGGAACAACUCGAUGAACAAAGAUGACAACGAGACUGUGGUGGCAGAAUCCUCUCCGUAUAAGUCUCCAGCCUCACUGAAUGAUGAUGUCUCCGUGCAUAAUUUCGAAGGUGGUGGUAAAAGGCUUAGAAUCGAUAUUAGUCGCGCUAAUUUUAACAUGGGCAUUCCUGCGGGUCCAAUGACUGCUCCCGUUGGCAUUUCAGAAUUAUCAAACUACCCAGAUUCAAUGAGUUUGGACGACUUUCAAAAAUUCAAAUCUUUAAAUUUUGCACUGUUGAGCGGACUGGGGCCACAACAAAUGCAGAAUGAUGUUCUCACACAACAACCACAACAACAACAACAACAACAACAACAACAACAACAACCAGAGCCACAACAACAACAACAACCAGAGCCACAACAACUACAACAACUACAACCACCAAGUGAUGUGCGUCUCUCCAAUUCGUCAGUUGCAAAUUUGGACCUCACAACACAUUUAAUUGCACAGCAGCAGCAUUUUGUUAUGACUCAAAAGCAACUUGAAGUAAAAAUGCAGAUGCAAAUGCAAAACCUCCCAACUAUUUUGCAGCAACAGCAACAGCAAAAUUUCCCAAUUCAAUCGCAAUAUUUUCCAACGUGCUAUCCGGAACGGGCUCCAUCUGUACAGCCAUUCGUCAGCGGCCCAUUACCGCCUAGUUAUCGACCUAUUAACGAACAGUAUAUACAAUAUACUCAACCGCUACUUGCAUCGCAACACAAUCUUCAGCCUCAAUUUUCUCUUCAAAAUGCCCAGGUUUCCUUUGUUCAAAUACAAAACCCUCAUUUUGCUCCCUUACAAGAGCAACAACAACAACAACAACAGCAACAGCAGCAACAACAGCAACAACAACAGCAGCAACAGCAACAAGUACAUGCCCAUACGCAUAUGCAUUCACAGGAUAACACUGUGCAUCUGCAGCAUAACAUGGCCUCGGUUCCUGCAAAGCCAAGGGAACUUACAUUUUGUCCAAUAAUAGGUUACGACCCAUCAAAGGAUGUAAAGAAAAUUCAUGGAAAAACCAGUAAACCAACUAAUGGCGUCCAUCGUUUUCCAAUCAAUUCGCCAGUGAUAAGGACUUGGGAAGCUGCGUAUUUAAAAGGUAUGUCGCUGCAAUCUGAAGCUUGUGGGAAAACUUUUGACGCCUCCAAGAUGCGAGAAAAUGGUCGAAUUGGCGUGAGCUCUCGUACGAGUGGUAAUUUACCAGACGCUAUGGAAAAUUCUUUUACAUCGAGUACAGGGACACAAGAAUUGCUGGUAAUGUUAGAACUGCUGCAGCGGCAGCAGCUCAAUGAAGCGCAAACGCGAAUAAAGUCGCAAGACGUGCAAACCCAACGGGUAAAAUCACAGCAAAAUAGACGGUCAGUUGGUCAAUUCAAAUUGAUAUCCGUGACAUUUAAGGAAGCCGCACUAGACAGCCCCAGUUUUCGAGCGACUGUAAAUCAUAUGGACUGUCAAGUAAACAAUAUUGAGCAAUGGCUUUUGGCGUUGAGCUCGUCUAUCAAGAAGAUCCCUAGAUACGUUAAGGAAAUGGAUACAUUUUGCAACUCAUUCUUGGAACAUCUUGCGCCCGGUUUCUUACAGGAUGGAAUGAUCGACCAAGAGUACACAGUGCAAGCUUUACAUAUAACUAUGGAUGGUUUGAAAAUACUUUGGAACCAAAGCUUAUCUGUUUUAAGAGUAAAUCCUCAAAUUUUAAACCACAUGAGUGAAUUCAGGAGCACUCAGGUUGCUAGGUAUAGAGAUUUGAGAAAAAAAUAUGAAUCAUGUCAAAGAAAAUACGACAAGUACCUAAGUAUCUUUGUCAGUACAUCCAAAUCGAAAGAUGCUACGAUGGUAGUUGAAGAUGCUCAACAACUACAACAAGUACGGAAGGAGUAUGUACAAGUGAGUCUUGAUUUGGUCGUUGAAUUGCAAAACAUUGCUAGCAAGUUGGAUAAGCUUCUCGUUGCAUUAAAUAGCACAUUCUGGGAAAGAAUACGUGACAAGAUCAAUGGAGAUGGUUGUUCCGAUGAAUUAGAAGAGCAAUAUGUAAAAAUUCAGCUGGUGCAAGCAUGGUGUGACUCAUACUCGGAGGCAACCAAAACUUUAAAUAAUGACAUGUUACUGGCACGGAAACAAGUAGAAGAAGGAGCUAAUUUACAGUUUCAACCUUCAUUGGAUCCUCAGGAUUAUGUAUCGAGCAACAUAAACUAUAGAUUCUUGAGUGAGAUUGAUGAAUCCGGUAUUGAAAAACACGGAUAUUUAUUUAUGAAAACAUGGGUUGAAAAAUCGUCAAAGCCAAAGUGGGUGCCCAGAUGGUGCUUUAUUAAAGAUGGGGUGUUUGGGAUGUUAUUGUUGAGUCCUUCUGAGACAUUUGUUCAAGAAAGUGACAAGAUUGGGAUUUUGUUAUGUAACGUGAAAUAUUCUUCUAAUGAAGAUCGAAGAUUCUGUUUUGAGAUUAAGACAAGUGAGUUGACCAUAACUUUACAAGCAGAGUCAUUGAUAGAACUUAAAUCUUGGUUGAAAGUAUUUGAGAAUGAAAGAGAAAGAGUUACGGCAACGGACCCCGAUGACAAUUUGUUUCGAGUUGCAUCUAACAGAUUCCCACCAAUAUUAUCGGAGUUUGCGUCAACUGUAGAUACUACAAUGGAUCGUGAACUUUCGAAUUUGAAAAUAAUUAACUCGGUUGGGCAAACAAUCUCUUCUAGCUCACUAUCUAGAUACAUUGAAAAAUAUGAAAAGUUUCAUGAGCGACACAUGUAUUAUCAAAUUCCCAGGCUCCAUCCACCCAUAAUGACAGACACAACAAAAUCCGCCAUGAUUGCUUAUAGCUGUAUAGCUCCCACUGUGCUCCCCACGGCACUUACUGCAAAUAUUUGGGGGUCUGUAAACUGGGGGCUUUAUUAUUUGUAUGACUCGGAAAAGAAGCAACCUGUGUUUGCGAAACGAGCUGUGCUUGAUCAGGAAAUGGUCCAGUUUCAAGAUAAACAUUUAGGUAAAGACGUUUCGUAUCCUGAUUUUUAUCCCAAGAAUCUCAUUAAUUUAGACAUCCAAAUGCGUGCCUUGUUUGAGAAAAUCCUUCAACCGGGAGAAUAUUGUGUGAUGUCAUUUAGUUGUAUAUGGACACCAAACUCCAGACAAGAACUCUCUGGCAGAUGUUUUGUAACGAUGGCACAUGCAUAUUUCUAUAACCAAGCGCUCGGGUUUGUAGCUUUAAACAAGGAAUUUGUUAGGAGAUUGGUAUCAAUAGAUUGCAAUAUUCAAAAAAAUUACUACAUCCUAAAAAUCUACGAUGUUGAUGGUGUAAUUAAAUUGAAAUUGUUCUCCACAGAUGGUAAAUUGGUUAAAAGAAAAUUGACAUAUUUAAUUGAGUGCAAUGCUCGCGAUAAUCCUAGUAGCUUGCAGGAAGUCUUUUCUGCUUUCAGCAAGAUUGAGGAUGAAGUGGAAACGGAGGAAAGGGACCAAAAAUUACUCAAAAAGAUCAACGAUUUAAACAAUCAGUUAUCAAGCAAGAGAUUGAUUAAUAAUAAAUUCGCUUUUAAUACAGAUGUAUCUUCCAUUGUUCCUAACUCGAACACUGUUGGAACAGCUCGUAGAGUCGAGUUCACUCAAGAAUAUGAUCUUUUAAGUGAAAAAGUAUAUAACAUACCACCAAAAGCUGUCUUCCAUGCCUUCCUUGGUGAUGACUCGGCCGUAUUCAAAGAUAGAAGUGCUAUAACCAAACUUGGUUUCUAUGUGAGAAAGCCUUGGCGAAAUAAUGAACUCACUGGUCAUUUAUAUAGACAAGCUAACAUUCCAAUUCUUUAUACGGGUGAAAAAAAGCAGCUACACUUUGAGCAAGAAAUUGAAAUAAUGGAUGACAAUUCGUAUUAUACGAUUCAUCAGAAUUUAAAAGAUGCAGUGAAAGCAGUAGGACAUCAUGGUAUGAUUGUUAAAGCAAUUUACUUAUACGGCAAAUUAAGUCAUACAACUAAGGAUGAAGAGGUUGAGCCAAUUCCUUUGAUGAAAAUUGGGUUCCUUUAUUGUGUGCAGUUAUUAUUUAGAAAGGUAAAGUACACAUCAAGAGCCUUUAUCAACUGGUUAGUUGUUUGUUUUGUUCAAUCUAUAAAGUUUGCUAUCAAAUUGAUCAGUGUCAACUACGUUUUCAUAAUGGCAAUUAUAGGCUUGCUGUUAUUAAACGUGAUGCUUGUUGGAAAGUCAUCGAUCAAUUAUUGGACUGCGCAAAAAGCAAGUAACUUGAUUACAGAUUAUAUCUCCAAAAAUUCCAUGAUGUUACAAAGAGCAGUUUAUUCCAAGGAUAUACAGGAUUUUAUAUCGACAUCAAUAACAACAAGAAACAGUUCAAAGCCAAACAAGUCAUUCAAUAUUUUCAAGAAAAGUUCAUUUUUGUAUAACUUUGCCAACUCUUCUUCACUUACUUGGAAUGAUUACUAUAGUGAUGACACAUUAUCAGUUGCAAAGAGUCUUAAAUCUUCGUUCCAAAGUAUAGGAGUAAAAAGACACCACUUGUUAGUGCAAUUGAAAAUAUUGGACAAUAUGGAGAAGGAACUUUGUUUAGCAGAGUACGUAAACUGGUUGAUGAGUGAAAUUCAAAGAUGUGAUUAUAUGCAAGAAAAUAUUCUAGACCAAUUUGUUAAUGCAAAAGAAACCGGAAAUAACCAUAAAUCUUCACAAAGUAUACAAAAAAUAUUGGAUUAUUGUAGUGAGUGUAGAAACACUUUAGAGGGAUUGAUUUGA